AUGCCAUCAGCUUCAAGUCUCGUUCCAGUCCUGCUGCUCAAGACGAAAUCCAGCCCGACCGACGCAUACGAAGAGCUCUUUUCAAGAGCGCCCGACAACAACAACAACAACAAUGAUCCCUCCUUUGAACCAACAUUCGUGCCAGUCCUACAACACAAGUUUGACGACGCCGGGUUAGACAAGCUCCGAAACCUGCUCCGCCAGAAACGCAUCGGCACGAGCCCGGAUUGCGAAUUCGGCGGCCUCAUAUUUACAUCUCAGAGGGCAGUGGAGGCGUUUGCACAUGUCGUUCGCGAAGACGAAUCAGCAAAAGACUCCCCCGAAUGGCCUCACCUGCAGCACAUCCCCAUCUACAGCGUCGGCCCCGCCACCACCCGCGCCCUCGCCGCCGUCUCUCAACAACCCCCCCUCCAAAUCUUCGGCAGCCACACGGGUAACGGCGACGCCCUCGCGCACUUCAUCCUCGACCACUACGCCGAGUGGUACGCCAAAGGCGGCCGUCCCAGCCUGCCCCCGCUGCUCUUCCUCGUCGGCGAGCAGCGCAGAGACAUCAUCCCGCGCACCCUGAUGGACCCUUCCCUGCCCGACAACAAAAGGAUCCCCGUCGUCGAGGAGGUCGUCUACGGCACCGGAGAGAUGGAAUCGUUCCCGCAGGACUUCGCGGCCGUCCUGGACAAGACGCAGUCAAGCCCUUCCCGGUGGGUCAUUGUCUUCUCGCCGACGGGCUGCGACAGCAUGCUCCGCGGCCUCGGCGUGCUGGAUGCCUCUACGGGGAAACUCGUGCCCGGGCGGCGAGAUGGCCGGACAUUUGUGGCCACGAUUGGUCCUACGACUAGGAGCCACCUGGUCAAGAAUUUCGACUUUGAGCCUGAUGUCUGCGCUGAGACGCCGACGCCAGAGGGGUUGUUGGAGGGGAUAGUGGCAUUUCGGGAGAAGGCUUCAUGA